UUAAUCUGUCUCUCCCUCCCUCCAGGCGCUAUACACCAUGUUUUCCUUCCUGGCCGACAUGCCCGUGGUGGAGUCCACUGAUGUGUUUUUGGGAGUGGCGAGGUUCUUUGUGGUGGCGGCCGGAGGCAUCCUUUUUGGGGUCUUGUUUGGGAUUGCGGCUGCUUUUACCACACGCUUCACCCACAACGUCCGUCAGAUAGAGCCUCUCUUUGUCUUCAUGUACAGCUACCUGGCGUACCUGGUGGCCGAGUGUUUCGCCAUCUCCAGCGUGUUGGCGUAAGUUAAGGCCGAACAAAAAUGUCGACAAAACACUUAA